GCUGCAGUCUCGCGCACGCAAUCUCUACCCGCCCGGUUGCCAUAGUUACCCGGGUCACAUGCGCGGCUUUCCCGUGGCCAGCGUAAAGAAGAAAAAAAAGAGGAUGCUCUCUGCCAUUUUAAUGAGGACGAAUUAGAUAAAGGAACGCCAUCGAAAACAAAUGGAAAUAGGCGCCAUAUGGGACUGUGAGAGGAGGUCCAUCGAUCGUUCUGUCGACAUUAUUACAGGUUCGUCGGUCGUCGGUUCCGUUGAUUUCAGCUGACGCGAGCGCACACGGACGGAGCUUCAUCACACAAACCCCUGCCUGCAUUUUGCACGUCUUCCACUGGAGCCCUGCUAUCAGGAAUGAGUAUAGAAAUCCCCGAGGGCUUGACGGAGCUUUUACAGAGCUUUACGGUGGAGGUGUUGAGGAAUCAGCCGCGGGAUCUUUUGGAGUUCGCCUUGCAGUAUUUCACCCAGCUGAAGGAGAACGAAGCGCGGGCGGCCGCUUUCGGCAAUGAGCAGCAUCCGGCUGUGCGCGCAGGCAAAGCCGUUAACUUCAUCGAGGAGGCCAUGCAGAUCGACUCAGAGAACGGAGACGACGAGGAUGACGAUGAGGAAUUCGUAGCACCAGUCAUAAACAGAUUCAUAAGGCGACCUUCCGUGUGUGCAGAGGCCUUCAACCCAGAUGAUGAUGAUGAAGACAAGGAGCCCAGGGUGACUUACCCCAAAACAGAUGAACAGAGACAAAGACUACAAGAGGCUUGCAAUGACAUACUCAUUUUUAAAAAUCUUGACCAGGAGCAAAUGUCUCAAGUUCUGGAUGCCAUGUUUGAGAAGACAGUUUCUGCUGGGGAACACAUCAUUGAUCAAGAUGAUGAUGGAGACAACUUCUAUGUCAUUGAAAGAGGGACUUUUGACAUCCUUUUGAAGUCAGAGGGCACCACAAGAACAGUGGGCUCGUAUGACAACCGUGGGAGUUUCGGGGAGCUGGCGCUGAUGUAUAACACUCCGCGCGCUGCCACCAUUGUUGCUACCUCACCUGGUGCCCUGUGGUGCCUAGACCGAUUGACAUUCAGACGGAUCAUUGUAAAAAAUAACGCCAAGAAGAGGAAAAUGUAUGAAGCUUUUAUUGAGACCCUUCCACUGCUCACAUCUUUGGAGGUCUCAGAACGAAUGAAGGUGGUGGAUGUCUUAUCAUCCAGAGUGUACAACAACGGAGAGCAGAUCAUUGCACAAGGUGACAUGGCUGACUGUUUCUACAUUGUAGAGUCAGGUGAGGUUAGAAUCACCAUGAAGAGGAACCGGUUGAAAACAGAUUCCGAGUUUGAGGAGGUGGACAUCGCCACAUGCACUAGAGGGCAGUACUUUGGAGAAUUAGCCCUUGUUACAAACAAGCCAAGGGCCGCUUCUGCAUAUGCUGUGGAUAAUGUCAAGUGCUUAGUAAUGGAUAUCCAGGCAUUUGAGAGGUUACUGGGACCGUGCAUGGACAUCAUGAAACGCAACAUCGCUAACUAUGAAGAGCAGUUGGUCACCCUUUUUGGGAGUCAGAUGGAGAUAGAAGAACCAAGUGUAUAAAAUAAAAAACAAACAAACAAACAAACAAAAACGCUUCAAUGCAACAUAAUGAAAAGAGAAAAUAAUGGUGAGUACAGGUCACUCACCAUUGGUCAUAUGAUCCUAACUUUUGAACAUCAAAGUUAUUGUUUUGCAUCACAAAGUGAAGCUCUGGUGUGUCGGUGAUAGUGAGUUUUACAUGUAGGAGAAACUUAAAAGGUUAUGUAAGGAUUGAAAGGUUUAAUUUUUUUGUUAGUAAAGUGUUUUGUUAUAUUGGGAAUUUACUGUUUAUCCAGCUAUUUAGUAAUGUCAUUAUCUCCACUGCUGUUUUUAUUUAUUUAUUUAUUUAUUUAUUUAUUUAUUAUUAGUUUUUGAGUUUUUUUAGUUUUUUUAUUUUUUUAGUUUAGGCUUUGACAGAAGAAAGACGUUGAAAUCUCCUGCCAUGUAUUCGUCAUGCAUUUCAAAAUCUUGUUUAUGAAUCCUGUACAUUCCAAAUUACAAAAGGCAAUGUUCUUCACGCAUCUUAUUUAUAAUAUCCCAAUAAGUCUUGAUUAAUUAUCUUCACAAAAUGAACAAACACAAACAUGAAUACUGUGUGAGUCUAUAAGGAUGACACAAACCAAAACCUAGUAAUGUGUAUUUAAAACAGGAUGUAUGACAUUCAUAUAUAAACUUGUAAUGGUUUGAUUACUGAAAAGGGACCCAUAAGUGUGUAUGCAGAUUGCAUUUUGCUGUCAGAAUCAUGGAAAAAGUAAAACUGCACAUUAAUUUAUGCUGUACACAGUAGUUUAGAAUUUUAGUUCCCUCAUGAAGAAGAAGAGUCUGUGUAGUAACCCACUGUCUCGAAGGUAACGUAUUUAUUGUACAUAUACAUUGUUUUAAGAUUUAUUUAAUAAUCCCCAGUGUUUCAGAGUGGAAUAAGACAUUUCAUGUUCGUAAGAUAACAUUCUGUUGCCAACUAUUUCUACAGUGUUUAUGCUUUUUGUUAAAAAUAAUAAUAAUUAUUAUUAUUAUCAAAUAAGGUAUGGCAUACUUAUUUAUUUUACUCAGAUAUGCUCAUUUGCCUUUAAAAAAGUUUUACUUCUGAACUGCAAUAUGUGUCCCCAGUUGUAGUCCUGUUAUCCAUUAUUCCAUCCAUUACAGUAUUAUAGUGUCUUUGUUCCACUGGCAAGUAAACACUUUUUGAAUUUUCCUUCCAAUAACGUUGAUGAGAAUUAUUAAUGUUUUCAUAACAAUGUUGCACCAUGACACUGUGUGAGAGUCUACAGCUUCUGUCUCUGAGUAGCCCACCUCAACCGUAUGCUUUCAUUGUAGGAUUUUCUGUUCUUUGUUUUAUACCUUUUAAUACACUCAUUAAAUACUUUAAAUGCUGACCUGUGUUUAUAUUUAUAUCAUUUAUCUGAAUGACCAUGUUCAAAAGUAGCUCUUUGCAUUAUUGCUCUAUUUAAUGACAUUCAUGUAGAAAGGUCUACUCUUAAUGCCAGAGGCACUAGUACUAUUGUGUGUUAUUUCAUUUUCCAUUCAAAUAAAAUACAAUUUUGUAUUAAA